GGCAAUACCUGUUACGUAUAAAAGCCCCACGAAAACCUCAGAAGUCAUACAGUUCACUACGAGCCGCUAAGGAAGUCAAACCUCAAUCCUCCCAUUCCCACUCAAACAGCUCAACAAAGCCCAGAAAUGCGUGGAUUCAUUGUCCUGUGUAUGUUCGCCGUAGCGUUGGCCGCCCCUCAGGGCUACAACUACAAUCCUGGCCCGUCCGCCUUCGGUGGCAUCAGCACAACCAGUGGGGGCGGCUCCUUCUUCCAGGGAGCUGCUCAGGUGGGGCCGGUCCAGGCGCAACCCAUCUACCAGCAGCAGGCCGUGCAGGCUCACCAUCACCAGCAACAGCAGGUACAACAGGUUCAGCAGCAGCAAGCCAUCGUGUCCAAGCGCUUCUUCAUCCACUCCGCCCCGGAGGAGGCCGAGGACUACAAGGAGCGUCACAUUACCGUCGGCGUCCCCAAGCGUAACUACAACGUGGUGUUUAUAAAGUCGCCCCAGCGCAACAACAAGAAGACCAUUAAGAUCAGUCCCGCCGCCAACGAGGAGAAGACCGUCAUUUACGUGCUGAGCAAGAAGGGCGAGAGCGACCUGAAUGCCGAGGUUGUGGAACAGGCUAGCUCCACUAGCAAGCCGGAGGUCUUCUUCAUCAAGUACAAGACCAACGAGGAAGCCGCCCACGCACAGCAGCAGAUCCAGGCCCAGUACGACGCCCUGGGUGGUAGCAGCCAGCUGACCGAUGAGGGAGUGGCCCCCGUCACCUCUGUUAUUGGAGCCCUGGGAGGCAGCGACGGCCACGUAGAUGCCGGAUCCGCUGUGGGCGGCACAGGAGCCGGCCAGAUCUCCUCCGCUUCUGCCGGAUCGCACACGGGCAGUGCAUACCUGCCACCCAAUUUCUAACCGUUGAGCGUUAUUCCCCCAAAAGAAACUUUACAGUCCUCUGUGAAAAUGUUAUUGUUAUUAAUAAAAUAAUAUCGCUGUUGAAUUUAA